AUGGGAUACGAAUCACUGGGAAGCACAGUAAGACACGCCCUAUUGAAGUAUGCAGUCUUGGAAAGGAUAAGUAUAUGGGAGUUUAGCGAGUGGGAUGCCGUGUGGAUGACUGCCCUUUCGUCCACCAGGAUGAUACUUACAGUUAUUAUAUCCACGGUUAUUGCCGUUGUGUGCCUAGCGCUUAUCAUUCUGAGAAAGCGCGAAUUCACACAGAAAGACACUUUGUGCGCCUUUGUGUUCAUGGUUGUGUCUAUCUUUCUCCUUGAAAGCGUUCAAAAAAUGCUGAAAAUAGACGUAGCCUUGGACACAAGGUACAAAAAUGUGGAAAUAUCCAUUCCAUUUUCUCCGCUGAUUGUUAACACACCCGUCAACAGACAAAGACUGUGCAGAAAUGAUCUAAACGAUACCCUGGAAAAAACAACCGAUCAAAUGAACAUGGGGGACAGAGCAGCAGAAGCAUACAGGAAAUUGGUCAGAGAGAACACCCUGAAAAAAAGACCGCCUAUAGACACAUCAAUGGUGUCCCCUUCUUUUGUGAAUGGCUCCAGUAACAUGGGCAGUGUUAGCAUGGGCGGUGGCAGUGCCCUGCAGCCGAUGAAAACAGAGUAUUGCAUCUUCAAAAACAAUCAAAAUGAAAAUCAAAAAAAUUGCACAAACUGUUUGGUGCUUGAGGAAAACGAGUUCAACGAAGCAAAGGCAGACCUGCAGUACAUCGACAAGGUGAACAGAGAGUACCAGGACAUUGAGCGAAGCAUUGAUGUGAGCAAAAACCAGUACAGAGAAUACUCUGUGGACUUAAUGAAUGGGUUCAAAAACUUUAACAAAGUGUCUUAUUUCGCCAGAGAAGAGCUCAGCACCAUAGGAGUAGACUUCAACACGAUAGAGCAGGGUAUACUCUCUCUUGUGAAUAAAUACGAGAGCAUAUUUGCAGGAACAAGCAGAAAAACAACACAGCUCCGAAUGGCCAACGACUCUGUCUGUGUGAGUAUCAGCAAUGUGCGCGUAGUGGUACCGGAAAUGUUCAAAGUAAAGACGCGAAGAAUAAAAAAAACAAUAGUCACAGAAAAAGAAGGAAACCAUCCGGCACGAGGCCUGGUUAUUACGUCAGGAGCAGUGGAGUCUUUGGAGGACAGCUCCAGCGAUCGAUUUGACAAAAGAGCUUUGUCAGUCGACGACGCAGUUCAUGAGAUGGUCAAAAGCAACGCAAAUUUGCCAAAUAAUAUCAUUGCGCAAAAUGGCUCUUACUCUUCCGGAUACAACAGCGGUAAUCCUUUCUUCAACUCCCUAAACUACGCCCUUAUCACUACAGAAGUUCUGAUAUUUAUUCAGGUGUUCCUUGUGCUAGGUGUGAUUAUUGCAAUUGUGCUUGACAGAAAAUGGCUGUACUUUGUGUUCUACACGGGUAUGUGUGUUUCUCUUAUUUUCAGCUUGAUUUUGGGAUUUAUUGCGCUGGUGAACUCAACAGCGCUUGCGUCGAUAUGCGCAAAUGGCCUGAAGUGCGAGUCGCAAAUGUUUCAGGCACAGGAGAAUGUUAAAACGCUUUCUGGAAUAAUAGAUAUGCCUGAAAUGGUCCUCAAAGAGUCGAUCAAAAGAUCUACAGACCAUUUGCAGAGACAGAUCAACAUCGUGCUAACCAGCAACACAGCAGAAGACAUCCAAACCAUAUCGGCACAGCUGGACAGACUCUUCCAAGUCAGAAAAGACUUCAACAAUCUUGUCUCCACAAAUCCGCACAGAAAUAUGAUAAAUCAGAGUGCGAUAUAUGCAGCAGCGGAUAGCAUGAAUAGCAGUUUGAACAACAUAAAAUCGCUUGAUAGAAAAAUAAGAAGCAACCAAUGGACAGACACAUUCAAGAAGCUGUCACAGAUAAGCGUCCUUUUAACAGCCACCACAAACAACAGCAACAUAAAAAGAAGACAAACUCUCUCGCAACUCUCCAAUGGAGUGUCUCCAACAGAUGUGUCAUCGUGUGAGGGUAAAGAAGCAUCAAUAUGUAAACUAAAGGAAAGAUCAGACUCUCUGUUCAUAGGCCUGUGCCUAUUCGCAAUCCUCCUUCCAAUACUAAUAGCCAUAUGA